UGUACCCUUCAUGUGAACUGCAGAAACCUUGGAGACACCCAGAGCAGCAGUGUUUCUCCCUACACAAAACAAGGCUCAGAACAAUGGAAGCUUUGAAUAAAGCAAACACAAGCUUUGCUCUUGACUUUUACAAACAUGAGUGUCAGGAAGAUAGUGACAAGAAUAUUUUGUUCUCCCCUUUGAGUAUGUCAUCUGCCCUGGCUACUGUUUAUUUGGGAGCCAAAGGUAACACUGCAGAUCAGAUGGCAAAGGUACUUCACUUUAACAAAGCUGAAGGAGCCAGAAAUGUCACCACAACCAUAAAAAUGCAAGUCUAUUCCAGAAUGGAAGAGUAUCUAUCAAAUCGAUAUGCUUGUUUCCAGAAGACAGAAAUUGGCAAAUCAGAUAAUAUCCACAGCGGAUUUAAUGCACUCAACUUCGAAAUCAACCAACCCACUAAAAAUUACCUGCUUAAAAGUGUCAACCAGUUAUAUGGAGAAAAAUCAUUGCCUUUCAGUAAGGAAUACUUACAGUUAGCCAAGAAAUAUUACAAUGCAGAACCACAAUCAGUUGACUUUGUGGGAGCAGCAGAUGAAAUCAGAAGAGAGAUCAAUUCCAAUGUCAAAGACCAGACUGAAGGUAAAAUCCAAAACUUGCUGCCUCCUGGAUCCAUAGAUUCACUCACCAGGCUAGUCCUGAUAAAUGCGCUCUACUUCAAAGGAAAUUGGGCAACAAAGUUUCAAGCUGAAGCUACCAGGCAGAGGCCUUUCAGAAUAAACACGCAUACAACUAAACCAGUGCCUAUGAUGUACCUCAGUGAUAAAUUUAACUGGACCUACAUAGAAUCAGUACAGACUGAUGUUCUUGAACUUCCAUAUGUGAAUAAUGACCUCAGCAUGUUUAUCCUGCUACCAAGUGACAUCACUGGCCUCCAAAAGCUAGAAAGAGAAUUGACUUUUGAAAACUUGUCUGCAUGGACCAGCCCAGAAAUCAUGGAGAAAAUGAAAAUGGAGGUUUAUCUGCCCAGGUUCACGUUAGAAGAGAAAUAUGACCUCAAAUCUACUUUGAGCGGGAUGGGGAUACAAGAUGCCUUCAUUGAAGGUCAAGCUGAUUUCACAGGAAUGUCAGAGAAUGGUGACCUGGUUUUGUCACAAGUUUUUCACAAGUGUUAUCUGGAAGUCAAUGAAGAAGGCACAGAGGCAGCAGCUGCCAGUUCAGCAUCACUGGCAUCACGAAGUCUUGGUGCUACUGUUAUUUUUGUGGCAGAUCACCCUUUCCUCUUCUUUAUCAGGCACAACAAGACCAAGAGCAUCCUCUUCUUGGGAAGGUUCUCUUCCCCUUAG